GCACGCUGUUUCUCUCUGUUGCUCGCGUGGUACACGCACCUGUUCGGGUAUGUGUGGUUGAGGCACGUCCCGGUGUGCGACUCGCGAUGUUCGGGAACCCUACUAGUUGAUGCUGAUGAAACCCGAUAUUGCCAAUGAAACUCUCAGGUCUCCAGAAACAGGUUAUCCACCUCUACCGCUCGUGUGUGCGUAUGGCUUACAAAAAGCCCGUGGAGUACCAGCCCCACUGGAGGAAAUUCACUCGUGAUGAGUUCGACAAGCAUCAGCACAUACCCAAGAAGCUGUUUGCAGCGGUUGAGCAUUUGAUUCGAGCAGGUACUAGACGACUUGAAAUGUACCUGAACGACCAAAUAAAGGACAUACACUAGUCAAGAAUGCUCGGCAUACAAUAAAUUUACUCAUCUCACGACUUUAUUUUGUACAUAGAUUAAUCGAAUACCAGGCUAUAGUUUGUUAGGAGAAACUCGGUCAUAUCAUUUCUGCUACCCAUAUCCAUCAUUUCCCGCUGUCCCGUUUCGUCUCGGGCAAUGGUGGGGGCAAACACAACCGAUAAGUUCUUGUAGUUCAUUCGGUUGACAUUAGAGUAGGAGUCCACCAAUUGUAAAUGUUUACACAACAAGUGUAGCACCUGCCUAUUGGAAUCAGGAAGUUGGUCAAUGAUUUUCAGCUUAAACUCGGCAAUUUUCUUGGUCAGUGAUUGCACGGAGUUCAACUUGAUGAAGUCGUUGUAAACCUCAAAUGGAAUCAAUGGGUUGGGGAUUUUUCUCAAGUAUCUCUUCAAGGCAGAAGUGAUGGCAUUGAUGUCACAAUCAAGUACCUCAUUCAACUUGGCGAGGUUCCUGUCGUCCUUGAUUCUGGGGUUGAUGCUGGUAAAAGCCUGCUCAAUAGCAAUGAUGGUCAGAUUACCUCCCGAGAUUCGGUAGAUACCUUCCAAGUCCAACCCUCUUUCUUCUACUUCUUGGAUGCAUCUGGUGACAAUCAAAGGAAUGGCACUGUUCUCAAGCCUAGCUCUCUUCUCAAUGCUGGAGUUGAAUAAACUAGGCUCACCGUCCUGACUUUGAGAAUCACUAAGGGCCGUAUUGCUACUUAAGAACGAGUCCAAGAUGUUGGUAGACCGCGACUUGGUCAUCAAGCCAAAGCCUUUCUUACCACCAUCUUCAUCCUCAUUACGGUUGGGUGAUACUUGGAACGUACCUGUGGCUGGAACUACCAAGUUAGGCCCAUUGUUGAAGCCCAUCUUGGCUCUUCUCCAGAAUUUCAAUUUGGUGGCCUUCUGAGCUUCAACCACUUCAUCAUUUCCAAUUUCUGUGGUGUGAUUUACCAAAGACGAAAAGGAAGGUCUUUGG